UCAUCGAAAUCAUUUCUACUCACACACCCCCAGGCCCUUUACAGAUCAUACAACUCUCUCUCUCUUCCCACCUUUUUUAUUUUAUUUUAUUUUAUUUUUCCAUUUUCCCAAAAUUUUCACUCCUCGCUCGCUCCUUUCCUUUCAAAUCCACACCCCACUAACAUUGCUUCAAUUCAAGUCCUUCACGCGUGCCAACACAUGGCGGAAGAGUCCGAGCUCAGCUGUAAACAGAAGAAAGAGAUCGCCAAAUGGUUCCUCCUCAACGCUCCCGCCGGCGAAAUCCAAUACGUCGCCAAAGAUUUGAAAUCGGUUUUGAAUGACGAUGACGUGUACAACGAGGCGGCUUCUGAGUCGUUCCCUAUUUACAACAAAUCUCACAUGAUUUGCAUCCAAAUGCCUGCUGGAACUGGAGAUGUGUUGGUAACAUCAUAUGGUGAGCUUGAUAAGAAUAAGUAUCUUGAUCCUAGGACUGCCCAGGUUGCUAUAAUUGACCAUGUUAAACAGGUUUGUACAGAAGUAAGACCUGCAGCUGAUGAGGAACUUCCAUCUCCAUAUAUUGAGGAAUUCCGGUAUGCUCUGGAUUCAGAAGUACUUAGAUAUGUUGGUGAAGCUUAUCCAAAAGGUGUAUGUUCAGUUUAUUGUACAAAGGGAAAAGAUGUGGAGGGACCGGGAUUUGAUUUUGAGCUUGUCGUGGUGAUUUCUGCUGCCAGACUUAGCCCACAGAACUUUUGUAAUGGAAGUUGGCGGUCAAUAUGGAACAUUGAGUUCAACGAUGAUGCACAAGUGCUGGAAGUGACAGGCAAGCUGCAGGUGGGUGCCCAUUAUUUUGAAGAGGGAAAUGUUCAGUUAGAUGCAAAACAUGAAUGCAAAGAUUCAACAAUCUUUCAGUCCCCUGACGACUCUGCAAUUUUGAUAGCCCACAUUAUACGCCAUCAUGAGACAGAGUAUCUGGCAUCCCUAGAGGCAUCCUACUCAAAUCUGCCAGAUAACACAUUCAAGGAUCUCCGGAGGAAACUUCCAGUUACCCGUACCCAUUUCCCUUGGCAUAACACUUCACAAUUUAGCCUUACAAGAGAAAUCUCAAAAGAACUCGGAAUCGGAAAGUGAAUAUUACAGCAUCUUGAAAACAUGGCCAUUGUCUUGAUGCGUAAAAUUGAGAUAGUGAGUCCCCUUCCUAUUGCUGAUUUGCUUUCUUAAACAUAUUAAUUCUUGGGAGAGUUUACUUCCUCUCCCUUCCUCACCUCAAAUUCAGUCAAUUGCAGUAGAUAUGCCAUUUGCCAUCCGAUUGUUCUUUGUCAAUAGUGUUCUCAAUUUUGGUGCGUAGUUCUUGUACCGUGUUACUGACGGAGUCAUGUUGUGUAUAGCAGUAAUUUUUUUCAACAAUGACAUUAUUUUUCCCUUCUGAUGUUUGUAAAGUUUGUGACCUUAAUUUUGACUCUGUUUGCGCUGUAUCCUUAAAUUAUUUACUCGCUGGAUUCCUUUGAAGAGUUUGUGGGAUGCGAUGAAUUAGGGCUUUCAUGGCAGAGAAGUAAAACUGAGAACAGAUGCUUGUUUAGUAAUUCAUAAUUAUAAUCUUGGGUUUUUCUUAA